AUCACAAUGAGGUCAGCAAGCCGUUGCCUCUUGCUUCAGCCCCUGGGCACACGCCAACCAGCCAUGUGCCCCCGAGCAGUGGCCCUGAGCUUCCUCUUUGCCUUGAUCUGUGCCGUGGCCCAUGGCGACCUGUCCCAAGGCAUCUCCCUGCCGGUGCCCUGCCUCCUGGGCCGCCCGUGCACCCUGGCCUUGAUCUCAGACAACCCUGUGACCCUGAGAUGCCCUGGGACCCCCCAGCAGGGCCCAAUCUCCUGGCAGUAUGUAGAUCCUUCCCGGCGCGGGGAGCGGCCAGCCACCUUCAUCCGCACCGGGCACCCCUUGGCGCUCAUUCCCACUCGCGCCAAGCUGUGGCGCCUGCGCUUGAAAACCCGACUGCUCGAGGGCGACCUGCAGAUUGUGGAUCCUGGCGUGGAGGACUCGGGCAUCUACACCUGUCGCCAGGGCGACGCCACGCUGGCCUACUACGAGGUGGACUUCCAGGACGCCAAGCGUCUCCACAUCAGCCACGCCAGCCUGGGAGAGGCCGCCCUGGCUAACACCACCGUGAAGCUGGCUGGCGGGGCCCGGGGGCAGCUGCUCCCCGCCUGGGCCCCCUGGCAGCCCUGUGACCGCUGCGGAGGCCCCGGCGAGAGGAAGCGGGUGGGGUUCUGCUACGCCUGGCUGGUGUCGCGCCCCGAGGGACCCCUGCCAUGCGGGCUGGCCGGGCGAGGGCUGCCCCAGCGGGGGCCGGAGCUGCGGGUAGAGAGCUGCGAGGUGCCAUGUGACAGGGCCUACGUCUCUGGCCAGGAUGAACCAAGCAGGCCCCCCCUCCUUGUCAUCACCCGCUACCGAGCUCUGCCCCGUGCCGGCGCCAGGCUGAGGUGCCCAAUGGCCUCUAUAUACAGCCCCGUGUACUGGCAGGAAGGCCCCACCGCCCUGACCUGGCAGGACCUUCGUCAGCGCAACCGCUCCAUCAGCCUGGACCAGGUGACCGGCGGCGGGACCCUGCUCCUCUCCUCCUGGAAUGGGGGCAGCUCCACCCCUGGAGCUUUCUGUCCGACCCUGCGGGAUGAUUUGCCCUUCCGAUCUAUCCAGGACCCCACAAUGUCCAUCCACGCGCAGCUUUCGCCACCGACGCUCCCUUCUGGACGCUGUGAUUCAAAGCAGCAAAGCUCUUGA